AUGUCAUCAGGAUUUAAAGUUGAUACAAUUACCGAAGGAAAUGGUCAAAAACCAAAAGCAGGUCAAAAAGUUACUGUUCAUUAUACAGGAACAUUAACAAAUGGAAAAAAAUUUGAUUCAUCACGUGAUCGUAAUAAACCAUUCCAAUUUACUCUUGGUAAAGGAGAAGUUAUUAAAGGAUGGGAUCAAGGUGUUGCUCAAAUGUCAAAAGGUGAACGCGCUACAUUAACAUGCCCACCUGAAUAUGCCUAUGGUAACGAUGGUGUUGGCAAUGGUUUAAUUCCACCCAAAUCAACAUUACUCUUCGAUGUUGAAUUAAUCGAUUUCAAAUAA